UAUAUGUUCAACUUUGGCCAACUUGUAACAUCCUAUCACAUUCCUACCUAUUUCAAUUUUCAAUCGUCAAAUUGAUUGAAAUUAACCCAGCUGCCUUUUGACUAAUCGCAUAUUUCUUCCCACUAUAAAUAAAUUAGUACUCAUCCACCAAUUCCUUACUUCCGUCACAAAUCAACACCAAAAACCCAAAUAUUCAAUACCCCCUAAGUUUACAGACCAGAAAAAAAUGGAGGGAUUAAUACCAUAUCUGGUACGAGCAAUUAAGAGGCAAAAUCUACACAAACAUAGCUACAGAAGCAUGUCCGAUAGCUCGCGUCGUAGCUACUACUUGCUUGGCGCUGCUGAUUCGUUUAACGGCUCAUCGCAUCGUCGAACGCAAUCGGAGUUUCAGCCGCCUACUGCUAUGGAUUUGCAGCCUGAAGUUGAUCGGUUUGUUCGCUCACAAAGCGUCAAAAAUGGCGUCAAAAAUAGCGUCAAAAAUACUGAUUAUAAUUAUAAUUAUAAUUAUGAUUGUGGUGUUAAGCACAGAUCUCAGACAGUUAAUAAGUUUCAUCACUACUAAUUGAAUCUUGAUUGUUGAUAGUUGAUUGUAUUUUUGAUUAAUUAUGUUCUACUUUUCCUGUCAAUCAAUUAUGUAAUUUUUUAUUUUUUUAUUUAUUCAAGUGUGUGGAUUAAUUAAAUGUAAUAAGUAUGAUUAUUCCAUCGCUAAUUUGAUGCAAAUUUCUAGGAAAUGAAACUUUGACAUUAAUAUAA